AUGGUCGACGCGGUGCCGACCACCCGCGAAGCGCUGUUGGACCGCAUCGAGCGCAGGGCGCCGCAGCAGCGAUGGAUCGUUGCCGAUCGCAACGAGCUCGGGCCAUAUUUCUCGUUGUGCCACUUGAUUGACGUCCCGCUCGAGACCGUCCGCGCCCUGCUUGGACCGGACGACUGGUUCCGAGCGGAGACGACGUCGCAGCCGAACCAGUGGAUGUUUCGUGUAGCCAGAGCCGAUGGUCUGCGGCUCGCCUGUCUCGGAAACUUUCAGCACGUUGUCUGGAUCUACAUCGACCACAGCGGCGCUGCUCCCUUGACGCAACCGGGUCACAUGAUCGACAAAUCCAACCCGCUGCGCAGCGGCUGGGCUGCCCUACAAGCCGACGAGCGCGACGCGCUGCGGGCGCGCAUCGUCGACGAGCCUGUUAGAUAUGGUGUGGAUCCGCCGCGCAGGGGCUGGCCCGCGCGCGCCGCGCCGCCGCCGCCGCAGCCGCAGUCGAGGCGGCAGUCGACGCGUCGCAGCGUGGGCGCGCCGCGGCGCUCGUCGACGUUUGAUGCAAGUGCGCCGCCGCCGCUGCCGUCAGUACGGAAACGGGCAGUACCUCCAGAUAAAUUACCUAAACGGAAGCAGCCCCGGUCCCGCGACGCCGUCGACGUCGCGCCUGCGCCGACGCCAUCACCAGCACCAGCACCGACGCCAGCGCCCAACGACGAAGGCGCGCGCGGCGCGAAGCGGGUUCUAUCGCCGCCGCGGAAUACUUCGACGGGGCUCCUGAAUACUUCGACGCAGACCACGGCUUCUGGGUGCCUGUUCGCUGAGAACGCUCGACUUCGAGAGGAGAACCGACGUAUAUUUGAGUUGUCUUCCCAAGCGGCGGAACGGUCGGCUAUGCUCGAAGCGCGAGCUUCCCGCGACGACGCGCUCGUCGCCGAUUUAACAGCGCGCCUCGCGUCGACGGCGCUCGAAGACGACGCAGCGGCGGCCGCGCUACCGUCCGGCCUCCUAGAUGCCUCAAGGGAGCUCGGGCGCCGCAUCGCAGCGGCCAACGGACGCGACGCGCGCCGCGAGGCCUUCGCCGCGCUGUACGUGGCGGUCACGGAGAAGAACCGCAAAAACGGUAUGUUGCUGCGCGAGGUCGGGAACGCCAAUCUCGGUGCCAGGCCCGAGGAUUUGACCGAGCUCAAGCGCUUCGUGACGUCGAUUUCAAAGCGUGAGAUGGGCGCCUUGAAAGGCGCCAUGGGACGGCGCUACAAGGUGCUCAAAGCACGGAACCGUCGCGUCGGCGUCGGUGCGUACGUCGAAGAGCGCGGGGAGCUCGUGUCUCUAGAUUGGAAGGCAGACCUGGCGAUGAAAAAGAGGUACGCACCGCAAUUCUAUACCAUCCUCGAGGCCGCGACACAAGCCCCGUCGUGGGUCGCCGAGCAGCGCUCGGCGGAGGCGAAGCUCGCGAAGGGCAAGGCCCACAAGGAUUGGCAUCGCAGGACGUUGCUGAGCGGUCGCGCGCUCAAGGCCUUCGUCUCGAGGCGUAGGGAGAAGAAGGAGGACGGUCUGGCCUACCUUUUCGACUUCAUCGUCAACAUGCACACCAACGGCGCUCACGAGAUCCUGACGCCGCUGCACCUCUACUUGGCGCUGGAGCGCACGAGCCACGGCCAGAGCCACGAGUCGCAGGGCCACGACUCGCACUUUAGUGUUGCUGCGUCCUACCGUACGACGUACCGGUUGCGGCGGCUCAUGUCCGACGCGUACGUGGCGACGUUCCCGGACCGCUUGAAUGAAAUGCUCGACGCGUCGCCGGCGAUCUCGGAACGCCUCGGGGCGGCGAGGACGCUCCAGCGGUGGAGACACCGUCGCGCCCUCGCGGCGUCUUCCAAGUCGAUUGUACGCCAAGUCGCGGCGGCGGUCAAGCUGCAGUCGUUGGUGCGGAAGCGCCAGAGCGACGCGUCGACCCGCGCGCGCGUGCUCUACGCGUCGCUGCCGGCGGACUUGGCACGACGCGUCGCCGGGCGGAGAAUAGCGCGCGUCAUCAUCACGAAGCACGACAAUUACGCCACGAACACGUCGAAGACGGCGCGCUACAUCAAAAGCAAAGGAAAUUUGAGGGCAGUCAGCACGGCGACUGGAACUAUUUGCCCGCCGUACGAGAACGACCUCGCGCCGCCGUCCGAGCGCGAAGUCCCCAUCAACACGCCGUACGACGGCGCGAGUGUGCGGCGUUUCUGGAGGGAGCACGGGUCGAAGUGCGUCAUGCAAAAAGCACAUGGCUCCGAGUUUCCGUGCGUGCUCGACGUCAGCAAGAUAGGGCUCGUGACGCGCGCCGACGUCGGCCCGCCGAACCGCGCGGAGCACAGACUCCACGACAACAAAAUAUUACCGCAGAUAGAGAUGGUGUCGUCGAGCCUCAAGGACCACGUCCUCAAAUUCUUAUUGCGCUACAAGGAGUGGACGUCGGGCCGCAUUUUUGAGUCGAUUUGGGUCUGGGCCGUCGACACGGAAUUUGUUUUGCACAACGCGCGCACGCUCGAGAUGCAGAAGCCGCCACUCCCGUUCAAGGCCCCCUCGCAAAAGCGGACGCCGGCGAUCAAGAGCCAGAAACUCACCGCCGAGAAGAGGUGCCCGAAGAUCAACGUCGACCUCGUGGGCCGCGUCGUCGAGCGGGUCUACCGGACGCAAAUAUUUCAAGACGACGGCUCCAAAGUGAACAAGGACGUGGCGUACCGUGGCGUCGUCUUGCGCGUCUACGGCGCUGACGAGGACGACGCGGCGGCGGCGGAGCUCUACGAGCAAAAGAAAACCUGGUAUAAGAUUGCGCAGAAGCUGCGCGAGAGGGUUGCCGUGCCGGUUGAGGCCGAAUGCUUGUCGACCGUGCGCGACACCCGGGAGGCCGCGAAGCCGAGCUCGCGCUGGAUCAAGAUGGACUGGGGCCCGGGCAACGUGCAGGCCGGCGACGACCUCUUCCUGAUGCAGCGAGCGGCGUACGACGUGAGGGACACGGCGACGGGUGUGUGGCGCGUGUUCAAAGAGCGGUAG